UGCAAAGCGCAGCGUGAAAACUGUAGAACAAAUUGGAAUCGGUAUUCUCUGAACAAAACACGAAGCUGUGUAUUUUAGGGAGCGAUAAGAAGAAGAAGAAGAAGAAGCAUGCUGUGCUUUUACUUGUGCCUUUGGGUCUGAGAAGACCCAAUUCACGCUUGAUCAGGAGGUGCAAUCAAUUGGGUGGGGGGAGGGGAUAGGAGUCCUAUGUUAGAUGGAAGAGUCCUCUCUCUGCUGCGAACAAUUGCCGGAUGGGGAAUGCAUUGAGGUUCAGAAAGACGAAGAAGACGAUGGACUGAUUGAAUUGGACUGUCAAAAUGGUUUUCCUGAAGGAAGAAAGGAAUUUGUUGCACCUGCUGUUGGAAUGGAGUUUGAGUCAUAUGAUGAUGCUUACAAUUAUUAUAUUUGUUAUGCCAAGGAGGUGGGGUUUCGCGUGAGGGUGAAGAAUUCGUGGUUCAAGCGGAAUAGCCGAGAGAAAUAUGGUGCGGUGCUUUGCUGUAGCAGCCAGGGUUUCAAGAGAAUAAAGGACGUUAAUCAUUUGAGGAAAGAGACGAGAACUGGUUGUCCUGCUAUGAUAAGGAUGAGGUUGGUGGAGUCUCAGAGAUGGAGGGUGCUUGAGGUUAUGCUUGAACAUAACCACAUGUUAGGUGCUAAGAUACUCAGGUCGGUUAAGAAGAUGGGAAAUGGAACAAAGAGGAAGCCAUUGCCUAGUUCUGAUGCUGAGGGUCAGACGAUUAAGUUAUAUCGUGCACUUGUGAUUGAUGCGGGAGGUAAUGGAAAUUCAAACUCUUGUGCAAGAGAGGACAUAACUUUCUCUGAGUUUUCUAAUAAGUGGAACCUUAGAAAAGGUGAUACACAGGCCAUUUAUAAUUUCCUCUGCCGGAUGCAGUUGACUAAUCCAAACUUCUUUUACUUGAUGGAUUUCAAUGAUGAUGGGCAUUUGAGGAAUGCAUUCUGGGUUGAUGCUAGGUCCAGGGCCGCUUGUGGUUACUUUGGCGAUGUUAUUUAUUUUGACAACACAAAUUUGUCAAACAAAUUUGAAAUCCCUCUUGUGACCUUUGUUGGAAUAAAUCACCAUGGUCAAUCAGUGUUAUUAGGGUGUGGCCUGCUUGCGAGUGAAACAACAGAGUCUUAUCUAUGGUUGUUAAGGACAUGGGUUAAAUGUAUGUCAGGAUGUUCUCCCCAAACUAUUAUUACUGAUAGGUGCAAGGCUUUGCAGAGUGCAAUUGUAGAGAUUUUUCCUAGAUCUCAUCAUUGUUUUGGCUUGUCAUUAAUUAUGAAAAAAGUACCAGAAAAAUUGGGAGGGUUGCACAACUAUGAUGCAAUCAGGAAAGCACUGAUUAAAGCAGUUUAUGAUACAUUGAAAGUGAUCGAGUUUGAAGCAGCAUGGGGAUUUAUGAUUCAAUGUUUUGGAGUUAGUGAUCAUGAGUGGCUUCGUUCUCUAUAUGAAGAUCGAGUUCGUUGGGCUCCAGUAUAUUUGAAGGGCACAUUUUUUGCUGGAAUGUCCGCAGCUCGCCCUGGUGAGAGCAUUAGCCCUUUCUUUGAUAGAUAUGUGCAUAAACAGACUCCUCUGAAGGAGUUUCUUGAUAAGUAUGAAUUAGCUCUUCACAGGAAGCACAAGGAAGAAUCUUUUUCAGAUAUUGAAUCAAGGAGCUCAAGCCCAUUGCUGAAAACCAGAUGUUCCUUUGAAUUGCAGCUCUCCAGAAUGUACACAAGAGAAAUGUUCAUGAAAUUCCAGUUAGAAGUGGAAGAAGUGUAUUCUUGUUUUGGUACAACACAAUUGCAUGUGGAUGGCCCCAUCAUAAUUUUCUUGGUCAAGGAACGUGUUUUGAUUGAAGGAAACAGACGGGAGAUUAGGGAUUUCGAAGUUUUGUACAGUAGAACAGCAGGUGAAGUUCGUUGCAUCUGUAGUUGCUUUAAUUUUUAUGGAUAUCUAUGUCGGCAUGCACUGUGUGUUCUCAAUUUUAAUGGGGUUGAAGAGAUACCUCACAAAUACAUUCUUUCACGAUGGAAGAAAGAUUUCAAACGUCUUUAUGUUCCUGAUCACAGCUCUGGUGGUGUUAAUGAUACUGACCGCAUUCAAUGGUCUAAUCAGUUAUUUAGAAGUGCUUUACAAGUUGUAGAGGAGGGGAUACUUUCCCUAGACCAUUACAAUGUAGCGUUACAAUCUUUAGAAGAAUCACUGAGUAAGGUUCAUGAUGUAGAACAGAGGCAGGAGACCAUCUGGUUGGUCAUGACUGAUGAUGCCAUGUGUUCUCCAAACGACAAGGACUUGUCGCUGAGUCCUAAUCUAGAUAUCACGAUAGAUGAUGGUUCUCCAAACAAUGAACAACUACUUGAGGUUGAGGAUGAGGGCAAUGAGCUUGAGAAUGAAUGUGGGCAAUUGUUUGAGAUUGAUGGAAGUGAACCUGAAAACGGGAGGGAUGAAACAACAAUAGUUGAUAGUCAUAGUGGAGAAUCUCAAGGGAAAGACUGCCCUCCGCCAGUUGUGAGAAUGGAGUUUGAUACCUAUGAUGAUGCCUACAACUAUUACAAUACCUAUGCCAAGGAUAUUGGAUUUGCUAUUCGGGUUAAAUCUUCGUGGACCAAACGCAACAGCAAAGAAAAGCGUGGUGCUGUGCUGUGCUGCAACUGUGAGGGUUUCAAAACAACCAAAGAAGCAAAUAGUCAUAGGAAAGAAACAAGAACAGGCUGUCUAGCAAUGAUUAGAUUGAGAUUAGUGGAUUCUAACAGGUGGAGAGUUGAUGAAGUCAAGCUUGAUCACAACCAUUCCUUUGAUCCUGAAAGAGCACAAAACUCUAAAUCACAUAAGAGGAUGGACAGUAGGGCCAAAAGAAAAGUUGAGCCAACUUUAGAUGUUGAAGUAAGAACAAUCAAACUAUAUCGAAUGCCUGUUGUAGAUGCAUCAGGUUAUGGAAGCUCAAAUUCUACUGAAGGAGGAACUAGCAACAUUAGCUGUUCCAGGCGUUUGAAACUUAAAAAAGGUGAUCCAGAACUUAUUUCAAAUUACUUCUGCCGCAUUCAAUUGAUGAAUCCUAACUUUUUCUAUGUGAUGGAUCUGAAUGAUGAUGGACAACUGAGGAAUGUAUUUUGGAUUGAUUCUAGAUCUAGGGCUGCUUAUAGUUAUUUUGGUGAUGUGGUUGCAUUUGACUCAACAUGUUUGUCAAACAAUUAUGAGAUUCCACUUGUUGCAUUUGUUGGUGUUAAUCACCACGGGAAAUCUGUUUUGCUAGGAUGCGGUCUGCUUGCAGAUGAGACAUUUGAAACAUAUAUUUGGUUAUUUAGGGCAUGGCUUACAUGUAUGACUGGUCGCCCUCCACAAACUAUUAUCACAAACCAGUGUAAGGCCAUGCAAAGUGCAAUUGCAGAGGUUUUCCCGAGAGCUCACCAUAGAAUUUGUCUAUCACAAAUCAUGCAGAGCAUUCUUGGGUGUUUUGUGCAGUUUCAGGAGUAUGAAGCAUUUCAGAUGGCACUGACUAAAGUGAUAUAUGACUCUAAAACAGUAGAUGAAUUUGAAAGGGCUUGGGAUGAUUUAACCCAGCAUUUUGGAAUAAGAAAUCACGAAAAGCUCCAAACCUUACAUGAGGAACGAGAGCAUUGGGCUCCAGUGUACUCCAAAGACACAUUUUUUGCUGGAAUAUCUGAUUAUGAAAAGGGUGAGUCCGUGAUUCCCUUUUUUAAGGGUCAUGUGCAUCAACAAACUUCUUUGAAAGAAUUUUUUGAGAUUUAUGAAUUAGUCCAGCAAAAAAAGCAUAAAACUGAAGUUCUUGAUGAUUUUGAGUCGCGCGAUUUGAGCUCAUUACUGAAGACAAGGUGCUACUAUGAGUUGCAACUCUCUAAACUGUACACAAAUGCAGUAUUCAGGAAGUUCCAAGAUGAGGUGGUAAUGAUGUCCUCUUGUUUCAGCAUCACACAGACUCAAACAAGUGGGUCCAUAGUGACAUACAUGGUAAAAGAACGCGAAGGGGAAGAGCCUGCAAGAGAUGCUAGGAAUUUUGAAGUCAUGUACGAUAAUGCCGGAGCAGAAGUACGCUGCAUUUGUAGUUGCUUUAACUUCAAAGGUUACCUGUGCAGACAUGCCUUGUAUAUCCUUAAUUACAAUUGUGUGGAGGAAAUUCCAUGUCAAUACAUUUUGUCAAGAUGGAGGAGGGAUUUUAAGCGUUUGUAUGUACCUCAUCUCAGUGCUGACAAUGUUGAUAUUAGCAACCCGGUUCAGUGUUUUGAUCAUUUGUACAAACGUGCCAUGCAAGUUGUUGAAGAAGGGAUGAUAUCCCAAGAUCAUUAUAUGCUUUCUUGGCAAACAUUUAAAGAGUCUUUGAAUAAGAUUCGCCUUGUAGCAGACAAGAUUGAAUAAACAAUUAAAAGAAUAAUGCCAAUAAUAUGUUGUGCAUAAUUUAUCAUUCA